AUGAAUUCUCAAAAAAGUGACGACAAAAAUGCCUUCAAAAUAGACCCUACUACUCUAUUAAAUGCAUAUGGGUUAAGUUCACUAGAUCCUACAGUUUCUUGGGAUUCUAACUCUAACUCAAAACAAUAUUCAUUCCCAGCUGAAGUAAACAAAGAUAACUCGUACGAUAUUUUAAAUGAAUUAAUGUCCUCGCAAAGAGGUGAAAAUAUAACUAAUAUCAAUGAUAUAGAUCCUUUGAAUGGGAACUCACUAACCAAUGCUUUGACUUCCGUGAAAGAUCCACAGAUUUACUCCAUAAAUAGUGUAAGAUUUAAUUCCAAACUUUUUUUGCAAAACAUUCAUUCUCAAGAUACGUUUGCCGAUCUAACAAGGGAUUUAGAUACUUUAGACGUUUCUUUACAGAAACAAAGCGCCCAAUUAAAACAAUUAGUUCAAUCACAGUUUUUCAGAUAUGUUCGUUCUAAAAACAACUUAGAUCAUAUUUAUGAAAAUUUUUCCAAGAAUGAUGAUAAGAAAUUAGACUCGUUAGAUGUCGCAGUCGCGGAAACUAGCCGAGAGGGUACAAUGUUUUUGAAGCAUUUAAUUGAUUCUAACGAGAGAUUGAAAAAUUUUCGUAAAACAAUUGAAUAUGUGGAGGCCAACACUUCCUUAAUCAAUUUACCUUAUGUUUUAAAAAAGCAUUUGAAUAACGGAGAUUAUACCAAUUUAAUGUUUGAUUAUAAGACGACUAAGGAAAAUACCAAGUAUACUGUUACCGCUAACAACAACAUUAAGGAUUCUAGUAGAAUGAAUAGUAAGGAAAAUAUCGGACCUGUUGAACAAAAGGUUUGGGGUGAAAUCGAAGCCAUAAUGGUUCAGUAUAGACAGUAUUUGUGGAAUAAAUUGAUGGAAAACAAGUUGAAACUGGAGACAGCCGAUGAUUUUCUACCAUUGAUAUCUACGCUAUUAGAUUUAAAAUCUGGGCAAAAUCCAAUUAUGUCAUGGAUUUCCAGUAGAUUGGAAAACAUCCAUGAAGAAUUAAUUAAAACAAACCAAAAGUUGUUGUUUAAGUUGGAUACUUUAAGAAGAAAUAUCAAGUCCAAGGGCUCCGCGGCCCAUUUAUCUUUUUAUUUGCAAUUUUCUAACAGUGCGGAUUUCCAAAAGCGUGGACUAGUGGAUUCCCCAAUGAUUAUUGAGAUGUGGCUAUUUAUAAUCAAAUACGUUUUAAACAUUGAACAGAUUGUACAAAGAUUUAUAAAUAUUUGGGAACACGUAAAGAACUUUUUGGAUGGCACAUAUCAACAAUCGCUAUUAAAUGAUAAAAAAAGAGAAAAUAUCUUAGCUGGUUCCACUGGUUCUAUUGAUUUUGAGUUUUAUUUGAAACUGGAAAAAUAUCAAAUCCAUGACGUUAUUAAAGAAGGCUCAAAAUUUAUUGAUAAAUUGGUUGACAUUCUCUCGAGUUUUUUCUCUACUAGUGAAGAUAACAAUGACUAUUUUGUUCCACCUUCUAGCAAUAAUUUAAGUUGUCUGAGAUAUUUACCCAAAAUUAUCGACCCUAUUAUCAGAUUCACUACGGAAUUAGGCCAAUUAAAAAUCAGUUCUGAAUGUGUUGAAAAAUUGAAAAGAGUAGAUUAUACUGUUUUAAGCCAGUGCAUCAGUGCUAUAAAUUCUACUAAACUAAGAGAUCUAGCUAAUUUUGACCAAUUAGAAGAUUGGAAGGGGUAUGAUUCGACAAUAACAGCAUUAAAGUGUACGAAAAUUCCACUGAUUGUUCGUAAUAUCAAUUUACUGACAAUAAAAACCGUUAGAGAUCUAGUAUUUGCAUAUGAAAAGCUACCUGUUAUAAAUGGUGUAUCUAUUGUAAAUUAUCCUCCUAAAACACUGUUGACCGGGAUUGAACUUCAACAGAUUAAUUCUUUAGAAACCGUUUUGGAAAGCAUAUUGAAGAAUGCAGCAAAGAACAAAGACAAUCCAAGAAACCUGAAAACGUUGUUAACUUUGAAUAAUAUAUUGGUUUUGAAAAACGAAGUAUUCCCCUUUAUAUUAAAGAAAUUUGACGAAGCUUUUGAUAUUCAAUUGUCCCAAAAAAAUCUAAAAGUCUUCCCCAUUUUAGAAAAGAUGCAUAGCUCAAUUUUAGCUAAUUACAAAUCUGACCUAAGAUAUUCAUUGAAAAGUGUAAUAGAGAGUUCUUUUAACAGUAUCAACUGGACCACAUAUACCACUAAAACAUUUAAAGUUAGUGACUACAUUUUGGAAACACUAAUGAUUUUGGUUCAAGUGCAUAAGGAUUGUUCAACUGCUGCACCACACAUGUGCCAAGAGGUUUUAAUUGACGCACAGCAAUUUAUCGCUGAACUUUUGUUUAAAUUAUUCAAACCUUUUGAGGGAAGGAUCUCUGCCGAUGGGUUGUUAAAGAUGGUAUUGGAUAUACAAUUUUUCACAAAAACUUUACAAAAUAUAUUGGAUCCUCAAUCAGAUGCUGUUUUUAAAAGCUGCUUACAGUUUUGUUUUCAAAAUGAUACCAAUAAGGUUAACCAAUAUUUAAAGGAAAUUGAACCUGUAGUCAAUUCCAAUCUAAGUAGAACAUUUAUUCAAUUUGGAUCAUUUAAAACAUAA